GCUCAAGAGAAGCGCAGCCGGGGCAUAGGUGUUCUCUGAUAGACUCACUUUUAAGAGAAAGCCGACUAGCAUUUAGCUUCAGGCUUUGGCAAAUAUUUCAUUGUAGAGGUUUUUGUGAGUAUUCUUCCACACGAAUGAGCACGGAGGAACAGGCUGGGCGCUCGUUACUUUUUAUCAAUAUGUUGAAAUGCUGAGACUCUGACUCACUGUCGUGAUCGGUCGACGUGCUGUUGUUUAUGGAUAGUUUUCUAACACAGAAUAAGUCGGACAUUCUAAGAAGUCGCCUCCUCUGUGUCAUGAAAUAAAUGAAUUUGAAGAUGCAGUAGCAGGAACGGCGUUGGAAACUGAGUGAUGAUACUUUUAGAACAGGUGCUCGCUUUUCUUUGCGAUCUACAGCAUGGAUUAUUCAUGCAUAGCGUGUGCAAUUGCUCUAGCAGAAUAUUAAGACUGAGAAGGGGGAAUGAUGUAUAAAGAUGGCAACUGCAAAAAGUAUGUUCACCGUGGUGAGUGCCCCAAGUGAGGACAUUCUUAAAGGGCUGCGCUCCUGGGUGGAUGAGGAUCCGAAAAGGAAAGACAGCACUACAGCGAAUGCGGCAUGCACAGCGAGUGCUACAGCUCCUUCUUCGACUUCGUCUAGUGCGUCGUCGUACUUCGUGGCCAUCCAGCGUCCGGACCUUGCCGCGGUGGAGGACUACCUGCAAAACACAGCGGGGAUUCCCAGACCCGGUAAAUACGAUCCAGAACUGAUUUUGAAGCCUGGCGGUCAUAGUGGCACUGUUUCCCUGCUCACUGCCGAGGAAGCGACUGAAUUUCCACAUCUUGCCGACGCAAAUUACCGUCAGAGGACGAACAAAACGACAGAAGGUGCAUCUCCUGGUCCUCGAGCUAGUUCUUGCGUUUUUCAGGCUAAUGCUUGGGGAAAAAAAAUACACAAGAACAGAACUUAUCAACAGGAGGAGCAGGAACCAACAGAAAACUUAAAGUCCGCUCCUGUCAUGACCAAAGUAAUAAUCAACGACGAAAAUACGAGUGCACUUGCAAGAAGUUCAGUUGAAGGCGGUGGGUCGCUUUUUGCUGAAAUCGCCAUUCCUCUUUGUGAGAUAGGGGACGAGGGUCAGGAUGUGCCAGCGCUAGGAGGAGGCGGCAACUCCCGGCAUAUUAUGGGUUGUUCUGCAUCGUACGAGUCUGACCACAUUCAUUUUUUGCCAUCCGAUAAAGUACAAGGGAAAGUCAGAAGUGAAAACUUCGAAAUCUCCUUGGCUUGAGUAAGUUCUUAGCAAACGGAGGCAGUCCAGAGGCACUUCUCCCUUGAAUAGCACUAAUUAUUGAAAAAAUGAUAAUUUUUUUUAAAAUUCGGCUUGAUGUAGCUGUGGCUGAUUCCUGAAAAACGGCAGUCACGAACCUCACUCAUAUUUGAUGUUUUUUGUUCUUGUUUAUCCAUAGACUUUCUUAGCGUUCUAAAGAACUCUAAUAACCAGCAACAGCAUGAUCGGUUUCGAGUCAGCAGUAGCAUCAGGCCGUUCAGCGCCACGCAUAGACGAGGAGCUGGGUCAGGGGAUACGAUUCAAGGCCAGGAACUUGGUGUAAGCUCGACGUCUUCUAGCCGCCCUGUUCGUCGACCUGCGUCGGCCUCGCAUGGGGCGCGCGCGUCGGCUGUAGCGAAUACGCCGAAGCAAUUUACUGUGACACGUGACUUUAAAAACGUUGAGGAUAUGAAGCGACAGGCAGACGAACUCCGAAAGCAAGCACAGGAUACAGUGGAGCGGCUACAGAAUGGCCGGGUAGAGGACGGCUGUGCGCGGCUCAAGCGUCUGAAUAAUAUCUAUGGCCGACGAGGUAAAUCUUCGCGACCAACGACGCCAGUUGUGUCCUCAUCUUCGGGGGACAUCAACAAGUCUGCAGCUUCGGUGGAUGCUGGCCUUCAGCCAGCUGUUGCUCGUUCUCCAGGGGCAGAAGGCAGCGGGAGCGGGGGAAGAGCAGCAUCACCCCCAUUCGGCUGUCGACGUGGAGCAGGGAGCAAAGAAUCUUGUACCACAGGCGCAGGCCGUGACCAUCAACUCAUCUCAGGUGAGCAAUAUUGUGCUCGCGGAUCUCGCGACGGUGAGCAUAUGGCGCAUUUUUUUUCGAACCUGCAGAAAGAAUUAGAAGCGAAAGUUGAGAAGCUAGAAGGCGAGAACCGCAAGCUGAAGUCCCGUGUUGGAGCGAUGCAGAGCGAGCGCGUUGCCUUGCAAUCCGCAGCGCAGACGAGUAGUCGGACUAUGCAGAUGAUGCAGGACCGCCUGCACGAAGGCGAGCGCAAGUUAAAGCUCACGCUGUAGUUCCUUUCCACAGGAGAAGAUCAUUGAUCUGCUCUUUUUAUCUGUUUUCAUUUUCAUUUUUCUUUAUCUUAUUUAUCUGCUCUUUAUAAUAUAUGUGUUUUCAUUUUUCUUUAUCUUUUGAUCUGAAAAGAUGAAUUACUGACCGUAACCGUAGAAUCAAUAUGAAGUAGCACUUAGCAUGAUUCCACGAUCUAAUCAAGCUAGUUACGGAGCGCAAGAAAAGCGAAGCGAUGGACCGCAAGAUUCGAUUGUUAGAGAACCGAGAGGCCGGUCUGCUCACGGAAUUGCAGACAGCGUGUAGCGAGCAGGCGAGCGAUCAUCGAGACGAUCUAACUUUACGCAGGUUCGCAUUUGUACUAUUCUAUUUCUAAGGAUAUUUGUUUUCACCAGCUUGGCAGUAUACUAGAAGUAGUUUGGACAAUUAUACUAGGCAGAUUGCCGAGUAGAUGCACAUCAUCAGUUUAGACAAUCAUAAUUAAGACAAGCCUGUCACAAACGACGCAAAAAAGUUACUUUCUUUACGACGACAGGUGAUCAAGUAAUAAGUAAAUGGAACUAAAAUAAUUUGUUUCCAAUUUCAUUGCCAGACUCUAAUAGUAGCAGAGUGUGACGAUCUUCGAUCGGAUCGUGACCGUUUGAAGAAGACCGUAGCCAUCCUUCGCCAGGAACUGGCGCAAAAAGAGGAACGCAUCCAAAGAUUGCAAGUCGCAGGUAGGCUAGAUCACGGUGAUGGGACUACUUGAUUCGUGAUGUUGAGGGAUUGAAAAAGUUUGAAAGAAAUUUCGCAAGCAUCAGCAUAUUCAUUGGUCUUCAUUUGCUGUGACGUGAAAGAAAGCGUAGGAAUGUGACAGGGAAAGGUGAAGAGUCGGCUUAUGAAGCAAAGAGAAAGAAUGGCAAAGCCCGAGGUUAUCUUUUCAUGUUGAAUGGUUGUGACAAGAACAUUACUGCAAGCACAGCACUAGUUUGAUUAACACUUUUCGCGGGAUUUCCUAGUUUCUACCAAUCAAAGCGAGAUCAUCUAGAAAAAUAUUUUUUUCUUCCUUCGCCAUUCCAAACGUGGCAAUGGCAAAAGCAAAUUAACAUGCCGUUUGUUGUAAGUAUGUACCCUCAGUUAAGCAAGACCUUUGGAUUCUGGAUCAAACUUCUGUCGAGGAAAGGUCCGAUACUAGAUAUCAAAUUUCCGCGCGUGAAUGCUGUUUUCGUUUAUGUCUUCUUCUGGUACGGUUGACGUGUAAAUGAGAUGGAGUUGGGUUCCAUGAAAAGAGAUGAACAGACUUAGAAAUCAGAGGACCAGCUUGAACUCGGGACAUUAUUCAUGUACAAAAAAGUUCCUUGUUGAAGAUGUUUGGGACAGCAGGGUCAUCCUUUCUAGAGUUCUUCGCUAGGCAUGUGG